GCUGGGGAAGUGUUUGUUUAGCUAACGGUAGCUCCGCGGCUAACUUUACUUAGGGGAAGUUUUGGUCGAUGGAUAUGAUCAUACUGAUGUGUGUUUUCAGUGCGAUGUCUCGAGUCGCUUAACUUAUUUAAAGACAAUUGCUCCUUGUGACCGCAAAACCUUGUUAGUAGCUUGAUAGUGCGCAUGUUUAGUAGAAUGAGUAAAUCUGCCUUUGCGUAUUGUGCAGCAAACAUCAGAUGCGUUUGCUGGCUAUUCGUGGUAAAUAAAUACAUGGGAUGGGUAGUUGACACAUAACAUGUCCUUGGAAUUGUUUACAUCAACAAUAAGGUUUUAGUGUUACAGUUUAAAGUGACUAUAUUUUAAUAUAGUUCUAAGUCUUCACCCCUUUACACCUCACCUAGUUUGUGCUAAAUUGCGUUGCAAGAUGGUGAAUUAUGUAUAUUUUUAAUGUAAUCGAUUCUCUACCAUAAACUAAAAGUUAAAUGUAUGAUAAUAGAAUGGUGUUAAAAUAGGCAAAUAAUAUUUGUGAAAUAAUAGUUUUGCUUGUAUCAGUGAGGGAAGGAAUAUAAAUCUAUUUACACAUGACACCAGCUGAAUAUGUUUUAAUUCCUCUGUUCACAUAAGCAUGUCAUUAGCAUGUUUUGUAAAAGCAUGUCAAAACGUCUAUUUUGAUCAACAAGAUUAUAUAUAAGCUAAGCAAAGAAUUGAAGGCAUGGAAGACGGGCUGCCCUCCAGAAACGCAGAGGAGGGUGGUUCAUCUAAGCGUUCACAGAGGCAGCAGGAACGGCAGGGAAAACUUCCUAGGAGACGGAAAGAGGUGAAGAGGUCUCUUCGGAGGCCGGACUGUCCAGAACACCUGUCGGGGGGAAGCUUACAUCGGUUGCCUGACCAGCACGAAUCAGAAGCCUCUGCAUCAGUGGAGGACACUGCAGAGAGUUGCCCAAAAAGAUGGGAUAGAUGCAGACGUGGGCACUUUCUACAUGGACCAUAUCCUGCUACUCACUUUGGACCCAAAGCUUGCAUUCUGCCCAACCCCACCUCAGUCAUGCACAUUCAGGAUCCAGCCAGCCAGCGGCUCACCUGGAGCAAACCACCACUCAAUGUCCUGGUCAUCAGAAAGAUCCGAGAUGAGACCCUGCUGGAGCCGUUCAAAGAGCUUUGCAGGUUUCUCGUGGAGGAGAAACAUCUGAUGGUUUAUGUGGAGAAGAAAGUUGUGGACGAUGGCUCUCUCAUGAAGGAUGAGUCAUUUUCCCCCAUCCGCAAUCAGCUGUGCACAUUCAGAGAAGGGUAUGAUGACAUCUCGGAGUGCAUUGAUCUGAUUAUUUGUUUGGGUGGAGAUGGGACUCUUCUGUAUGCAUCAUCUCUUUUCCAGGGCAGUGUACCCCCGGUCAUGGCCUUCCGUCUGGGUUCCUUAGGAUUUCUCACACCAUUUAAGUUUGAGUCCUUUAAAACAGAGGUGGAUAAAGUUUUUGAAGGUAAUGCUGCCAUCAUUCUGCGAAGUCGUCUGAAAGUCAAGGUGGUGAAAGGCAUGUUCCAGAGAAACGAGCAGCUCUUCAGCACUCAGGAGAAUGGAAUAGUGCCUAAUAACCACAUAAAUAAUGAGGCAGGCAAAAUCACACUGCAGUUACAGGUGCUGAAUGAGGUGGUGGUGGACAGAGGACCCUCAUCCUACUUGUCCAAUGUUGACCUUUACCUGGAUGGACGUCUCAUUACAUCUGUACAGGGAGACGGUGUAAUAGUUUCCACUCCCACGGGCAGCACGGCCUACGCUGCUGCAGCGGGAGCUUCCAUGAUCCAUCCCAAUGUCCCUGCCAUUAUGGUGACCCCCAUCUGCCCUCACUCCCUUUCGUUCAGACCCAUAGUGGUGCCCGCUGGCGUUGAACUCAUGAUAACGCUAUCACCUGAUGCUCGCAACACAGCCUGGGUCUCAUUUGAUGGCAGAAAGAGGCAGGAAAUCCAGCACGGGGACAGCAUUAAGAUCACAACCUCUUGCUUUCCGGUUCCUUCUAUCUGUUGUCACGAUCUGGUGUACGACUGGUUUGACAGUUUGGCUCAGUGUCUUCACUGGAACGUUCGCAAGAAGCAAACACGUUUAACAGAUGCCAGCGACUCUUCUGAAACGGAGAACUGAAACCACCAUAAAAACCAAGUGUUCUCACAGUCUGUUGACAUUCCAAAUGAAUUCAGAUUUCCAUCCUGACUCACUGAAAAGGAGUGUUCUUUAUAUUUACAUUACAUUGUUCAUGUCCACAUUCCUAGAUUUAUUUCAGUAUAGCUCACAAGUGCUUAUGUUCUACCUGUAAAAUAACACAUUAACUAGUUAGAGGUCAGCCUGGAUUACUCGUAAUUUUUCGAUAUCAAAAGUUUGUUUAAACGUCAUUAUGUAGAUGGUUUCCUACAUUUUGUUUCUGUAGCUGAAGGCUUCUCAUAAUUAACAACAUGCUGAAGAGUAACUGAUUCAAUUUGCUAUUGAACAGUUUUUUAAUACCAUUUGACAUUUACAAUUGACAAAAAUGCUUUAUUUUUUUUCCUGUAGAUCCAUCCAUGUUUAAAUAGUUGUUUAGGAAAACUGGAAAUGCACAUUAUAGCUGAAAAUGUCAUUUGUCCAUGAGCAUUAAACUUUGAUUUUGAGGUGUUUUUACAGUGCGUAACUCGUUAAAACGUAGCCGUUGAUUAAAUUUACCACAGACGUCACAUGAGUUGGGCUUUCUAUGUGGUUUUCUACAACAAAAGUUCCUCUUGUGUGGUAUUAAAUUGCAUAGGAAGCCAUUAUUUGUCAGUUAUUGUUGUUUUUUUUUGCAAUACGUUGUACAUUCAUCUUCUAAGAUUAAACACGGUUUGGCAGGCUUGUACAUAAAUUUCACUUUAGAUAUUGUUCGAUUUCCAUUCAGUUUGACUAACCUUUGCAGAGUGUUCUCGUUUUUCUCGAAGGUUGGCCGUCUGUGUCGAACCCAAGUCAAUCUUGAGAAAGAGCAUUGUUGCCUCCCUGUGGUGACACAGGAUGGUGCUACAUAUAUACUGCAUUUCUUAAGCCACCAUCCUGUGUUUAAUUUUUACACUACAUAAGCUGGGAUUUAUUCAUUUUUACAAAUGCACUUUGUUUUGCAUUUCUCACUGUAUUAUUGAUCCUUUAUCAAAGUCAUAUCACAUUAUUAUUGCAUAAGAACUGGUAUAGCUGAAUGUAAGCUGUUUACAUUUCGAUGUAAAUAAGAGAUACUAUGACAUGUAUUUGUCUUGUUUGUAAUAUUUCAAUAAACUUAAUUAUCUUGGAUGUUUUAUUUUAUUAUUUUAAAUAUAGCCUUGUAUUUUAGAGACUAUUUAGUUUUAUUAAAUGUUCUUAAUGCUCAAGAUUAGAAAUGUACCAUUCGAUCCUGCAAUGUACAAUCUUGUAUUUAAUCUCAUGUAUAAAGGAAUAAAUAUAAUUGUUUUUGACUGUCAA